AUGCAUUACUGCACAUGGGAUUUUAAAGAGUGUAAUUACCAGAACCAGCUGAAAGCACUUGAAGACGAUCUUUUAAAGUCCCAGAGUGAGGCCUCCGAGCUGCAAAAAGAGAAAAUACUUCUUCAGGAAGCACUUUCACAACUCAAAAAGGAGCUUGAGUCAAGCAAUCAGAAAGUUGUCCAGCACAGAAGUGAAGAGGAGCAACAUCAGAAGUCUCUGCAAGAAGAGUUUAAGGCUCAGCAUGAAAAAGAAAUCAACUUUCUCAAGCAAAACCACCUGAAAGAAAUUCAAGGCAUUGUGUCUGAUUUCAGCAGCUCCCAAACCCGUCUCCAAGCAAAGAUAGUUUCCUUGGAAACAGAAGUGAAAGAGAUGGAAGAAAAAUCAAAGAAGCAUGAAUCCAAACCAGAAGAUUUGCAUCAUAUUAGCAAACUUCAAGAUAAGUUAUCUGAACGUGACCAGGUUAUCAAAAAACUUCUGGAUGAAAGAAGAUUUCACCAAUUAGCCAUGGCCAACAGUGAAAGCAGCAUCAAUAGAAGUCUAUAUGGUGGAACCUUCACACCCACCUUGAAGAAGAAGAGAACGGAAGACUUACCAGUCCGGGUGGUCAGUGUUCCCAACCUGAGUUCAUAUGAGAAAAGUUUUCUAAGCUCAGACUUAAGUCCAACCAAUAGGUUUCCUCUAAUGACGAAAUCUCCGAGCCUGGACCAAAGCCUCAGCAGCACAUCAAGGUUAUUGAAUCAGCCUGCACAAGUCCAGCCAUCUAAACAAGCCCCAAGCAUUUCAAAUGAGAAAGGCAAGAAUAAAGAAACUAAAGGAAAAGAUCUUCAGCGACAGGAAUGGUUCACAAAGUAUUUUUCAUUCUAGGAAUGAGCUACAUGUGUAUUUAUUCCCAUUCUGCCAGUUAUUUUCCUUUUAAAUGUUCUUCUCAACUAACAUUUUCCAGAUUCCAACUGAGAUUGUAGAGGCAGAAUGCUUGUAAGGAUAUGCCAGUGUUGUUCUGAACAACUUACAAGAAAUUACAUGAAGUGGGGAUUGACUCAUUUUUACUCUCUUAUGAGGAAGUGUGUCUCUGCUCAGCAUAUCCCCAGAUCAACUGACUGAAGGAGGGCAUGUGUCUUUUGGCAAUUGUAUGUAAAAUACCAUGUUUCAAAACUCUGGUGUAAACAUUAGCAUGCUGUCCCACUAGAGCUUUUAUAUCAAAAAGAACUGUUUCUUGCAUGCUGUUUUACCAUUAAUUUUAAAAUAGCUUUGGGAGACUUAUUACUGUUGUCAUCAACUUCCCUAUGAUCCAAGGACAUCUAUUCAGGGUGGUGGAGUUUCUGCCAUUCGUCUCCAUGUGACUAAAUAAACAGAUUCUUAGCUCAUCAAUCUUUGGUUACAUAGGGAGGAUGUCCCACUGGUGGUGGGGUCUGGAAUGCAGAAUUUGCUUCCUUUUCUUGCCUACUCUGUCAAUGUUCUGCUUUAACAUUUUACAUAUUAUGACUCAAAUCUUCAUAUAGCCAGUUAGAGGAGUUGCCAUCAUUCUGAAUAGUUGCUAAUAGGUUGUUCUUGACCAUUAAUGUCAAUGCUACCAGGAUUCAGGACAGAAACCUCCAGUGUCCGGAUGGCAGACAACUAUCUUCCCUGCUAUGUCAUUUUUAAAAAAAACUCUUAAAUGGCCAAUAUUCAAUGAGAGAACAAAGAAAAUGCUUCACAGAUUCUCAAGAACUGAUGUGUAGAACAUUAUAUUAGUAUAAUGUUUAACAACUAUAAUUUCAGUAACUUUGAGGAGUUGAUAUUAUGAAGCAAAAUGGAUUCAUGAAUAGCCAAUUCAAAUCCCAAAAAAAAAUGCAUGAGUUAUAAUGCCUUUUCCACCAAAGACAUGUUAAGCUUGAAAAUGGAAGACUACCUCCAAAGUAAUUGAAGAGGUAGCUACAAAAAUUAACUUUGCCAAGAGUACUGAAACAGCCCAGUUAACCAUACUAUUACUAAAGUCAUUCAGCAUUGUAUAUAUCAGAAUUUUAAGAGAGUACAUUUGUUCUAAAAAUGAGGACAAGAGUUUAUUGUGGAUAGAAUAAGGCAGAGUGUCCAGGAAUUAAGUAAUACAUAACUCAGCGUGAGCAUAUAGUUUUACCUAUAGAAACCACUAAUAGGUAGUUUACAGCCAUUUUACAGCAUGCAUUCAUUUGGACAUUAACAUUCACUGUGUUGAAUUGAACAAAACAUGUAAAAUCAUGCUGUUAAGAUAAGCAUCAAGAUCUUUCUUUCAUUAGAAGAUAAUACCAAUUGUAAGGACAGAAUAUGGUUGAAGAAUUUACCUGUGUGAGGAGAUAAUAACAAUGUAUACUUCAGGAAUUCAGGAAAAACAAGUGGUUAAGGACAAUCUCAACUAAGACUUAAUUUUCUGGGCAUUCAGUGUUAAGAUCAAACGUGGUCUGUUUCCUAGGUACAAUGCAUGCUACCCGCACUUUUGUGCUGGUUGAUGACUGCUCAUCAUCAACAGCAUUCAUCCCAACCGGGAGCACAAUAAUAGGUCUUCUCCUGCUAACUUUAUCUCUGUUAGUGCAAUAUUGCUGUGUUGUACCCAGAGAGC